AUGGGCAGUACAUAUCGACUCAAGCGCAAGCUCAACGACGAGGGCGUCGAGCUAGGCGGCCGGCGCGCGAAUGAGAACUUUUGUUUGAUCGGUACCCCUCUUCCUCCUCUGGAGAAGUCGAAAGACUCAGGAGAGUUCGUACCAGUAUGGAAGCAAGAUGUUCGAGAUGAACAAGGGCGAAGGAGGCUGCAUGGCGCGUUCACAGGCGGUUUCUCUGCGGGUUAUUUCAACACGGUUGGGUCUAAGGAAGGAUGGACGCCCCAGACAUUCGUGUCCUCUCGGAGCGACCGCACGAAGAAGACGGUUGCACGGCCGGAGGAUUACAUGGAUGAGGAGGACCUUGCUGAGCUUCGCGAGAAUCAGGUCAAGUCUGGCAUUCAGGAGAAGAUGGACCUCCUCGGUGGUACACAGGCCGAGCUUGGUCGACUAAGUGGUACGGGUGACGAAGAGGACGACUCUAUGACCCGACGUAUUGAGCGCACAUUAAUUACACCGACAAAUGAUUCUCCUGGUGCUCGGCUUCUCAGAAAGAUGGGCUGGCGUCCAGGCCAUGGAGUCGGGCCACGGGUUUCCUGGCGGCAAAGGAAGAUCCAGGAUCUUCAUGCACAGGGAAAGUCACUUGAAGGCGUUGACAUAGACAAACUCGAAGAUGAUGAGGAGGCAAAGAAGCACAUGUAUCCGCCUCGAGACACGCAGGUACCGAAAAUCUCGCGGAAGGAAAACGCGUUUGGUCUGGGCUAUGUCCCAGGGCUAGGUUUGAAUCAGAGUUCUGGUAAGGGUGAAGGUACAAAGAAACAGUCGGGGCCACAACUAUCUGCGGGCUUCGGUCUCGGUGCUUUGAACGACGCGGAAGAUGAUGAUAUCGAUGUCUAUGAGUCAACUGUCCAGGCGGGUAGGACUCGUAUGGCCUAUGAUGCCUCUGAUCGGGAUGCAGACGACACGAUCAGUAUUGGGGCUAGCGCAAAACGCAGACAUCCUACGGAAACCGCACCUGUGGACGCCAACUCUCGUUUCUGGCCAGACGGCACACCUGUUCUGAAGGGUUUCAUCCCAGCGUCAAAUCCAGUACAGACGUCCCAAUGGUUUUCUCUCCCCGAAAUUCCGAAAGGCUGGAAACCAGAUCCGAAAAGGGUCUGGGAUAAGGCGAAGGAGAAUGUAGCUCCGCCGCCGCCCACAGAAGUUGGCGUAAAAGGGCAGUCGAAGUUGACCGCCGAACAGGUAUGCGUUCUUUCGUUCGACCCAAAUAGGCUACUCGCAUUGUCUGAUGUGAACGUCUUGCAGCGUGGCCAGGCUCUCGGAGAGACCCCCCUCCCCUCGGCACCACGUUCCAUCUUCGACUACAUUUCAGCCAAAGAUCGCGAACGAAUCCAAAAACUCGCAUCCGGUGCCUCCGAGACUGCCCUUCCCCCUCCUCCACCCACCACAACCAAUGUCCCCUCCUUCCCAUUCACACCUCCCGAUGUCGCCUCCGCCGCACUCAAAGGCUACAUGCCCUUCCCCUCCGACCCCGUCAAACAAUCGCGCUACAUCGCCUAUCUCCGCUCCCAAGCCGAUCCCUCUUCCUCUCUCACGCCAAAACCUCUCCCGAACCAAGCGGCCGACGUAUUCCACAAAGAAAUGGAAGAGUAUGCCAAGAGCGCAGCUCUCUUCAAACCUAUGUCAGGUGCCAUGGCCGGUCGAUUCACGAGCGCCGCUCUCGUAGACAACGGCCCAAAGAUAAUCGAAGGUCUCUACCAACCCGUGCAUCCACCCUCGCCGCCCCCACUCAGCGAAGAAGAAAAAGCCAAGGCCAAGGAACGAGAGCGUCAGGAAUUGGCAGAGAAGAGGAUGGAGGAGGAGAUGGCUGAGGGCUCGAAGGGGCAUGCGGCGAAGAUGGGGAUGUAUGGGGCUCUGACCAGGGAAGUCAAGCCGUGGCAGCCUUCGAAGUUGCUCUGUAAACGGUUUGGAGUUAAGGACCCGAAUCCGGAUGUGAGCACUGAGACGCCUAUGCCUGGGGUACCUCCGGCUGCUUCUGCUUCUGCUGCUGGUGCUGGGCCCUCCACGGCUUCGGGGUCACAAGCUCAAGGCGGAAACGGAUGGCAGCCUGAACAGGCGUUGGCGGAGGCAGGGAUCUCGCUUGAGGAAGCUGGUCUGUCAGAAAAUGCAGCAUCGGGUUUGGGUGGUGCGGGCUCGAGUAGAAGAGGGAGGAAGGACCUGGAGAACGUGGGUUUGGGAGAAGAUGAAGACCAGGGGAGGGAUACUCUCACGUAUGUGAGACCAUCCAUGGACGUCUUCAAGGCAAUCUUUGCAAGCGACGACGAGGAUAGCGGCGAUGAAGAGGAGGAUGCGGCCGAGACAAAGAAGGAAGAGAGGAGCAUGAACGGUGAUGAGGAUGUGGAGAUGAAGGUCGCCGAGUUGAAAACCCCCCCGGUAGCAGGGCCAUCAAGAUUGAAAGACGGCGAUGAGGAACAUCUGCCCAUGGACGUCGACUCCACCAAUGGUUCCAACGCCGCUCACGAGAAAGUGGACCUCGCUAGCUUCAAACCUACUUUCAUUCCGCGUGCAGAGCGGGAGACAAAGAAAUCGAAGGACAAGAGCAAGGAGAAAAAGCCGAAGAAGAGCAAAGUCAUUGUCUCGUUCGACACUGAAGAAGAUGGCGGUGGAGGUCUGUCUAUUGCACCGAAGAAGAGUAGCGACAAGGACAAGGAUGGGGAGAGCAAGAAGAAGAAGAGACGGAAGGACAAAGACAAGGAGCGGGAGAAGGGAAAGGUUCAAGAAGACGAUGAGGACAUGUGGGUUGAAAAACCGCCACCAGAAGCGGUGAAGACUUUGCAGACCUCGAUGGCUCGUUCGGAGAGUCCGAUGGUUAUCUCUGAUUCUGGUGAAGGUCCGAACGCCUCUGGACCAAGAGGGAGGAAGAGGGCCGUGGAUUUCAUGUAG